AUAGUUGUAGAGCAAUGAAGCGAGGAAUCGGGAGGACUUCCCGGACAGGUACUUCACCUCUCUGCAACCAGGAUGCGACGCGGUUGUUUUCGCCUCGUUUCUCCCCACUAACACCAUCAACUCAGCACUGCCUUCCGUUGCGUGACCUUCAAAGGUCAGAGUGGCUGCCGCCUGCCGCUCCACUGUGAUCCCCAGCGCUGGACUUGACGCCCAAAAAAGGGACGACGACAAAGAUGAUGUCGCCAUCGCCAACUCAUAGUGACAGUAGUGGCUCUUCGAAGCAGGAUAGUAACCAGGAUAAUUGGGAAAUUGUUGAGGGGCUCAGGGGGGCUCCUGCCGUCAUGCAGCAGCCUGAGCCACAGCGGGGCUUCCUGUUAAAGAGAAGGAAGUGGCCGAUGAAAGGAUGGCAUAAGAGAUUUUUCGUGUUGGACAAAGGCAUCCUGAAGUAUGCGAAGCAUGGCACGGAUCUGAGAAAGGGAAAGAUUCAUGGCUGCAUUGAUGUCGGCCUUUCCGUCAUGGCAAUCAAGAAGUCAACCAUGUGCAUCGACCUGGACACCGAGGACAACAUCUAUCACCUCAAGACAAAGUCUCCCGAAGUGUUUGAGGAGUGGGUGUCAAAGCUGCGUCAUCACCGCGUGUUUCGGCAGAACGAGAUUUCCUCAUAUCCUCACCCUCACCACUACCACACUCACACCUUAUCCUCGCCCGCUGUCACGGACUCCAUAAGGAAGAGGGCUUCUCUCCCCAAGCAGAUGUCGAUCCAUCAGGCCAAGGUCAGCUCUUGGCUUCACUCCUCAGAGGACAUGAAUAAGUGUGCCAAAGACUUGGAAGAGUGUGAAUCGCACCUCCUGGAACUCAACCUGCUGCUGAGGAGCAUGGAGGUCAUGCAUCGCACAUACUCUGCGUCAUCUAUCAACGCACUCCAAGCAUCGACUUCUGAUAUCUCAAAGAAAGAGAAGAAGACAAAGAAAUGGCGCUCCAAGAAUAGCAAAAACAGCAAAGUAACAACACAGAUGCCUCAAAAUAAUGCCUCCAAUCCCAAUCUCCCAACUAUGGAGGCAAACAGUCAAGAGGUCUUUCCGGAAUCUCCGGACUCUCCCGUUGACGUUUCUCGUCUGCAAGAGAACUUCAACAGGCUAGCUAACAGCAUCCACAGCACGCUGAAAUCAGCGUAUGGCUCCCUGUCAGCAGAAAGGGACAGAUUAAGGCAAAGUAUCGAAAUGCAAGCUCCCCAGCCGUUGCAGGUUACGGCCUUAAAGACCGCCUACGGCUCAGUGAGUGACACGGCGCCCCCUGAGCGCGUGCGCUCAUGUGAUCGCACCAUAACCACGGCCUGUAAUAAUUCGCUCUGCCGACUUUUAUCACCCGACCAGGAUUGUCCAGAAGAAGGCCAUUCUUUGGUCCACCAGGCAUCAAAUGAAAGCAAAGCGUCAAUCGCCGAGUCGAUCUCAGAGUUCUACGAUGCGCAGGAGUACCUCCUCUCCUCGUCCUCCUCUGAGAAUGAGCUGUCCGACGACGACUCGUACAUCAGCGACGUGAGCGACAGCAUUUCCGUGGAUACCUGCAGCAACGGAGGGGGCAGCGAGAGACACGAUUCAGUGAGUAGCGUCGGCUCUGUGAUUCGUCGUCGCACCACGCUGCCCGCUCCCAGUCCCCCCUGCAGCGUGAGUCUGUGGAACAUCCUCAGGAACAACAUUGGGAAGGACUUGUCCAAAGUGGCGAUGCCGGUCCAAUUGAACGAGCCCCUCAACACCCUGCAGAGGUUGUGUGAGGAGCUGGAGUACAGCGAGCUGCUGGACACAGCCAACAAGACCGCCAACCCUUACCAGCGUAUGGUUUACGUUGCGACCUUUGCGAUUACCGCAUACACGUCUUCCUACUAUCGAGCUGGAAGCAAACCUUUCAAUCCGGUCUUGGGAGAAACCUACGAGUGUGACAGACCUGACAAGGGCUUCAGGUUUAUCGGCGAACAGGUGAGCCAUCACCCGCCUGUGUCAGUAUGUCACUCGGAUUCAAAGAACUUUUCUUUUUGGCAAGAUGUUCGGUUGAAAAAUAAAUUUUGGGGAAAAUCCAUGGAAAUUGUUCCAAUCGGUACGACCAACGUCAUGCUACCUUCGUUUGGGGACCAUUAUGAAUGGAACAAAGUGACAUCCUGCAUCCAUAACAUCCUCAGUGGGCAGCGUUGGAUUGAACACUAUGGCGAGAUGACCAUCAAAAAUGUCAACAGUAACACUUGCGAGUGUAAAAUCACAUUUGUCAAGGCGAAAUCAUGGAGCUCCUCCGUCAAUGAGAUCGAGGGCGUGGUGACCGAUUCCAAUGGACAGGUUGUGCACUCCAUUUUUGGGAAAUGGCACGAGUCCAUUUUCCAGGGCCACCCGCCUUCUGCCACGUGCAUCUGGAGAGCAAAUCCCAUGCCGGUGGACCAGGACCAGUACUAUGGCUUCACUCAGUUUGCAAUGGAGUUAAACGAGUUGGAUCCCACCAUCAGACCUCUACUGCCCCCUACAGACACACGCUUCAGAUUGGACCAGAGGCUCUUGGAGGAGGGAAACGUGGAAGGAGCCGAAGAACAGAAGCAGAGGAUAGAGCAGCUCCAGAGGGAGAGGAGGAAAGUGCUGGAGGACAACAACAUGACCCACCGACCAUGCUUCUUCAAAAAGUCAGAAGAUGACACAUGGGUGAGCAACAACUCGUAUUGGGAGUUACGCAGAGACCCCGGCUUCACUAAAGUGGACUUCCCUGUGCUGUGGUGACCUGUCAAUUCAACUCGCACUCCACUCGACUACAAAUUACCAGAAAGAGGGAAGUCGAAAACUGAAGUGGGGUUGGAGCUCAAGUGGCCCUGAUUCGUGUCACAGUAACCAAAAACCAACAUGGACUUCCUGUGCCCUCUUUUAAGAGCCAGCAGACUGUUUUCCAAUUCCACCACCUUCUUUAUCGUGUACAUGAUUGUCUCAUUUCUAUUCUUAUUUACACUUUGUUUGUGUAGACUCAAGGUAUACUGCAUAACAGAGAUUUAUGGAUCACCUUUUACCAAAGUGCCUUUUAGUGCAAUGCUGCACACAUUCAACUGCUGUUGCAGUUACAUUUACAAAAAAAAAAGACUUUCAAAUGUCAUUUGUCAAGGGAAGAGGAAAAACCACAGAACUGUUUAAAAAAAAAGUACAGAAUUACAGGAGCGGAUCAGCAGUUCCCGAGCAACUUUGGCUCUGUGGUAUCCUCCACCUCAUCAUACUCUGGAUGGACAGGAAUCUCAA